AGUCAGUAUUAGUCAGUGUCUCGCUCCGUUCGUACAUUGCGCUCUGAAAUCUGUCAAAACUAAAAAUUUUGGAGGGAUGUUGUCUCUCAGUGUUAUUGCUGUUCUCGUAAGUGUUGCCUCAACCUUGCCAACAAGUCGCCAAGACAGAGGCUUUGACCCGUUUGCUGGUGGGUUCGCAUAUGCAGGAUUUCCCUUCGGCACCUAUGCUGGAGCAGGGGUACCUAUGUUUUUCAACCCAUUUGAUUUCACCAGACCCUAUAUGCCCUGGUUUCCUUUCGUCAUGCCAUCCAUGGAAUGGUAUAAAGGACCAAAUGUCUGUGAAGAGAAGAAAAUCUCCCAAGAACCUGAUGACAUUAAAGAAUGGAUAAAUGACGAUUCAUUCGGAGUUGCCGAUUACCAGCACCAGUCAAAGAGCUGCAAAGGAACCAACACUAAAUAUGUCUGCUUCGGAAGGGAAGUAACAAAUGAAGGAUCUCAGAUGGUAGCAACCAAAUACGAAUGCUGCCAUGGAUUCGUUCGACCCAGCGACGGUCGUCCAGGUUGUGUUGAAAGUUCUGAUGAUAGUUCAGAUGCACAAACUAUCGCAGAUGUCAAACAGUCUUCUUUCAAGUUAAAAGACAAAUUUAAAUACAGUUACCCUUCCCAAAAAAGCCUCAGAAGUGGAGUAGAAAAUGUGCCCCUUCAGUGAAAUAAGCUGUUGAGGAAAUGGGGAGACUCUUGAAGAUAUUUCCAAGAGCAUUUUCUGUACGCAUUUAUUUUGCGCAAAUAUUUUGUGACUAACAAAAAAAAAAAAAAACAAAAAAAAUGGCUGUAAUAUUUUCUUGUUAAUAAACUGUUUAUUGAAA